AUGCCUCACCCACUCACACCAACCUCGACGAAGUUUUCCAAGCCCCUAACAUCGGCGAAGUCAACAUCGUCGUCGAAUGAAAAGACGUUUAUUAGCGGAACUCAUAGGCGGACUCGCCGGGGUAUCAAGCUUGGAGAGCGCGGGAUGGGUAGGGCUGAUGCUUUUGGGUUUCUUGAUUAUGGUGAAGUAGCGAUGAAUGCAAGAGGGGCGGGAGGGGGUUGGCAGACGUCUCUGGAGAGUAGGAAGAGGGAUGUUAAUGUGGAAGAUGAAUUUGGGACAAUCUACUGGAGCGGCUGGAGGGUUAGGAUAAUUUGCCUGGGGUGGGGCGCAACGCACGUGUCUGACGCCAUGCACGCGAGAGGUGCCAGUAGACACCUAACCAAUAACUCUCAAAGAUUAAGAAACCAUGUCCUUUCACCAGUUCUCAUCCUUCAGUUGCAGCUUUCCUUACCCUUUUACGCCUAG